CGGAUCAGACGACUAUUCCCCAAGUGAUGGCACGCCUCAGGCAAUUAGCGCCCGUGCAUUGAUAAAUGCAAACCGAUUCUACAGAAUAUUGCCACAUCAGCGCAUUCGCUCCCGAUAGCGAAGCUUCACCAUGUCUCACAAGAUGCUUGACGACCACAACAAGAUAGAUCAACGGAACUCAAGUGAGGAAAGCGAAGAUCAUGAUAAGCAGCCCUCCUCAGAUCGACCGAGCACGCUCGUCAAUUCUGAGCCCGUACACUUUGAGUCCUGUUGCGACUUUUCGGCCAGACGAUCACUGCCUAGCUCAGUCGAUCCUCCUCCAAAGUACUUAGAUUCCUCGACCAGCGUUCAAUUGAUGUCCGCAGUGAUGUCUGUCAUCGAGUCAACGAUGCAGACACUGGACAAUGAUUUGAGGGCCUUGAGCCUCCAAAUUCACGAUCACCCCGAGCUCAUGUUCGAGGAACGUUAUGCUCAUGACAUCUUGUGUGACUUCAUGGAACGUCAUGGAUUCGCCGUAACCCGGCAUUACUUAGGUUUGGAAACCGCGUGGAGAGCAGAAUUCACACAUGGUAAGGGGGGCAGGACGCUUGGGAUUAAUUCAGAAAUGGACGCGUUACCUGUCAUCGGACAUGCAUGUGGUCACAACCUCAUUGCUGUAAGUGGAGUGGGUGUAGCGAUCGCUGUCAAGUCUGCUCUUCAAACUUACGACGUCCCCGGAACAGUUGUUCUUCUUGGAACGCCGGGGGAAGAGGGAGGCGCGGGUAAGGCAGUGAUGCUUGAGAGGGGCGGGUAUAGAGACAUAGACGUUUGUCUCAUGUGUCACCCUGCAGCGGGGCCCGCAGGUUCGGUAUCCCUCGGGUCCUGUCUUGCAAUGCAAUCGCUAGAAGCGGAAUUCUUCGGACGAUCUGCACAUGCGGGGAAUGCCCCUUGGGACGGGACCAAUGCUCUCGAUGCAGCAUUCCUAGCCUAUUCGAGCAUCUCAGUAUUGCGUCAGCAAAUUAAACCUGACCACAGAAUUCAUGGUGUGAUCCAGGGCUCCAAGAGCGCAGUUAAUGUUAUACCCGACUAUGCCGGCAUGCGUUGGUUGGUAAGGGCGCCGACAAAAGAUCAAUUGUCUGUGUUGGUAGAAAGAGUCAAAGCGUGCUUUGAAGGGGCAGCACUGGCUACAUCAUGUCGAUUCAAGCUCACCGAGGGUAUUCCGUAUCAUGACCUCCGGCAGAACAGCGUUCUUGCGGCUUGCUUCUCGCACGCCGUGAGUAACUCUUUCGGAAUGAACAUUGGCCAACGCGGGUUCGGGGCAUCGACGGAUUUUGGGAACGUUUCUUAUGCUCUGCCCUCUCUGCACCCAUCGUUUGCGAUACCGACGGUGGCCAAUGGGGGUAAUCAUACGCCAGCGUUUGCGGAAUCUGCGCGAAGCACGGAUGCUCACAAAGCAACCAUGACAGUUUCCAAGGGCUUGGCAUGGACAGGUUUCCGUGUUAUCGCUGACGAUGAGCUCUUCCAGCAGGUGAGAGGGGCCUACGAGAGUGGGCCAGCAGGUGUGCAACAGCUAAUUUUAUCCGACUCGGACACGCAUCAGACUGAGCUGUAACGCCAAAUUUGUUCCGUCCUGAGACAGGACCUGUGCUCUCACAUUCGCUGUACUAGUACCACCUAUGUAUGUAACCAAAAGAAACCGUUCGAAUGAG